ACUCCGUUGCCAAAAACCCUCCUUUUUUCUCUUUCUAGCUUAUUUUAUAAACCCUUUUUUUCUCUUCUUCCAGAUGUUCUCUCAAUCCCAAUCCCAUUUCCUUUCGUUCCCCUCCAAAUCCCUCUCUUGUUCUCCCAACAAAACUCCCUUCCUUUCAUGCCCCGCCUUCAAAACCCUCGCCAUUUCUCUCCGAUCGAAAGCUAUGAUUCCCCGCUCCAAACUCUCCGCUAACACCGACCCUUCUUUAUUAAACGACACCCAUCUCGACCGUUUCACCGAGGUCGGCAACAAGCUAGCCGAUGCCGCCGGUGAAGUCAUUCGCAGCUAUUUCAGGAAGAAAUUCGACAUUAUUGAUAAAGAAGAUUUGAGUCCAGUGACCAUUGCCGAUCAAGCUGCUGAGGAAUCUAUGGUUUCGAUUAUAAUGGAGAACCUUCCCUCUCAUGCAAUUUAUGGGGAGGAGAAAGGGUGGAGGUGUAAAGAGGAAUCUGCAGUUUAUGUUUGGGUUUUAGACCCAAUAGAUGGCACAAAAAGUUUCAUUACUGGGAAACCGGUGUUCGGUACUCUCAUUGCUUUGAUGAAGAACGGUAAACCAAUUCUUGGCAUAAUUGAUCAGCCUGUCCUUAGAGAAAGAUGGAUUGGAAUAAGUGGAAGGGCAACCACAUUGAACGGACAGGAGGUGGCUACACGAGCUUGUACAGAACUGUCGCGAGCGUAUUUGUACACCACAAGUCCCCAUCUAUUCAGUGGAGAUGCUAACGAGGCAUUUGCUCGUGUUAGAGAUAAGGUGAAAGUGCCACUAUAUGGCUGUGACUGCUACGCCUAUGCCCUCUUGGCUUCUGGUUAUGUGGAUCUUGUCGUCGAGUCUGGUCUCCGGCCCUACGAUUUCUUCGCCCUUAUACCUGUUAUAGAGGGUGCUGGGGGUGUUAUAACCGACUGGAAGGGAAAUCAGCUCCAUUGGGAAGCUUCUGCAAGUUCGCGAGCUACAUGCUUUAAUGUAGUGGCAGCUGGAGACGAACAGAUUCACCAACAAGCUCUAGAUGCCCUGCAAUGGCAGUGAGAGACUUUGCUGCAUCUUUUAACUCAAGAAACCAACUAUGCAACAGAAUCAGGUGGGACUGCAUUUAGCAUGUUUCCUGUGUUGAAUAUGCAGGUAAUAAGUGUGUCGGAGUCGAUCGGGGUGGUUAAAAUAUGUGGAAGCUCUAAUCGGAAUGAAAUUUAGUUCAUUUGGUAUCGAUUUAGUCUAUAUGAUUCGGUAUACACUGCUACAAGUUGUAGUUGAUUGAAAACGCUCAAACUACAUUGAAAUAUUUUUUCAGUAUGAAAUUUAAUUUAGGGUAAGUUACACUAA